UGAGUAGUGCGUACGGUGAAGAGCGUGUGCCAAUGGCGGAGCCGGGCAAGGCCAGCAUGAAGGAGCAGCGAUACGACCGGCAGCUGAGGCUGUGGGGUGACCAUGGACAAGAAGCAUUAGAAUCUGCCCAUGUUUGUGUGAUAAAUGCAACAGCAACAGGAACUGAAAUACUCAAAAACUUGGUGCUACCAGGUAUUGGUUCUUUUACAAUUGUUGAUGGGAAUCGGGUCUCGGGAGAAGAUGUUGGAAAUAAUUUCUUUCUACAAAAAAACCAUAUUGGUAAGAAUCGUGGCCAGAGUGCCACUGAGCUCUUGCAAGAAUUGAAUAAUGAUGUUUCUGGAAACUAUGUCGAAGAGAGUCCAGAAGUACUUCUAGACAAUAACCCUUCCUUUUUCAAUCGUUUUAACUUGGUGGUUGCAACGCAACUCUCAGAAAGUAUCUUGCUGCGCUUGGCUGAACUUCUCUGGAAUUCUAACAUUCCUUUGCUGGUCUGCAGGACUUAUGGGCUGGUUGGUUAUAUGAGAGUCAUUAUUAAAGAACAUACAGUUGUAGAAUCUCAUCCUGACAAUAAGUUAGAAGAUCUGAGAUUGGACAAACAAUUUCCAGAGCUGAGGGAACACAUUCAGUCUUAUGACUUGGAUCAUAUGGACAGAAAGGACCAUAGCCACACUCCAUGGGUUGUGAUUGUAGCCAAGUAUCUAACAAAAUGGCUCAAUGAGAAAAAUGAACAGUUUCCUAAGAGUUACAAAGAAAAAGAAGCCUUCAGACAACUGAUUCGGCAAGGUAUCUUAAAGAAUGAAAAUGGGGCCCCAGAAGAUGAGGAAAACUUUGAAGAAGCUAUAAAAAAUGUGAACACAGCAUUAAAUACUACAGAGAUUCCAAAAGGUAUUGAAGAGAUUUUUAAUGAUGAGCGCUGCAUAAAACUCACAGAGCAGUCACCUUCCUUCUGGAUAUUGGCUCGAGCUGUAAAGGAAUUUGUGGAAAAUGAGGGACAAGGAAGCUUGCCUGUCCGGGGUAGUAUUCCUGAUAUGAUAGCAGACUCCAGUAAAUUUAUUGAAUUGCAAAAUGUAUACCGUGAAAAAGCAAAGAAGGAUGUUGCUGCUGUGGGUAACCAUGCUGCUAAACUGCUACAGUCCCUAGGCAAGGCACCUGAGUCUAUUUCAGAGAGAGAAUUAAAAUUGCUUUGUAGCAAUGCCGCUUUCCUCCGAGUAGUGCGAUGUAGAUCUCUGGCUGAGGAAUACAGCUUAAACACUUUUAAUAAGGAUGAAAUCAUUUCCCAUAUGGAUAACCCAGACAGUGAAAUAGUUCUGUACUUGAUGCUGCGGGCUGUAGAUAAAUUUUAUAAGCAGUAUGGCAGAUACCCAGGUGUCUGCAACUAUCAGGUAGAAGAUGAUAUUGGAAAACUGAAAUCAUGCCUUGCUGGUUUCUUGCAAGAAUAUGGGCUGUCCGUAGUGGUGAAAGAUGACUAUAUUCAAGAGUUUUGUCGCUAUGGAGCUGCUGAGCCACAUGCUAUUGCUGCCCUUGUGGGAGGAGCUGCUGCACAGGAGGUUAUCAAAGUCAUUACAGGGCAGUUUGUUAUUUUUAAUAACACUUACAUUUACAGUGGUAUGUCACAGACUUCAGCGACUUUCCAGCUGUAGAAUAAGGAUUCUCCGCUCCUUGCCACCAAGCAAUGCUGCUGCAAUGUUCUGUAAAUACUGUCAUGUUCUGCCACCGACUGUUCCAUAUUACCCACUAAUCAAAGUUCCUUUAUUUGUAACGAUUGCCCCCAGGCUCCCCCAGAGAUUAAAAAGAAAUCAUACCAAAACCUAAUUUAAUAAUGUGGCUUUUUUUUUUAAUCUGGAAUUUUCAGAUGCACUUUGAAAGAAAACAGCAGUAGCUGUUCUCUGUUAUGGUACAUGGAUUUACAAAUUGGCUGACCUGAUUUGCAGCAGAACUGAUUUUUACAGGUUAAUUUUCUUCUUGUAAAAGCUGUUCUUCAGAUUGAGGGGGGAGGACUCCCAAAAAGUUGAAAAAGGCCACUGUAACCAUAUAGAAUGAGGAUCCAGCUGUGAGAAGAGCUAGGGAAAGCUUCACCACCUUUUACGAAGUCCAGGGAGGUUGUGGAGAGGGAUUGCAUUCCAGAAAGCUUGGGUUGCAGCUCUGUUCACCUACUCAAAAGGUUCUUUUUCCUACUCCAUUGGUGUCCGGCAGCUGUCAGAUGAUGUCUCUCUGCGGUUUGUGGUGUUGCUGUAGUUUCCAAGACACGGGGUAUGGGACACUGCACUGAAACCGUGUGACUGCGGCCUGGCCUGCGCCUGGAGCCGCGCUCCGGUUCGGGUGUUGGAGGAGGGGCGGGAACGGGCCGCGAUGCCCGGGGGACGGCGCGUGGGCGGUCUCCUCAGGCCGGAGGCGGGAAUUGCCCGGAGCGCCUUGGUGUGUGGGCAGUCACUGCUGCUGCCGGACCGACGGGUACAGGUGUCCUGUAUCGCAUCCUCUUGGUAACUUCCCACGCUUCCCCACAGCUGGCUGAAGAAUGUUGGUUCAUCUUUAGACGGUUGGCUCUUUUUUGUGUGUUUGGGGUGAUCUGGAGUACUUGUUAAGGCUUCAUUGUGGAGCUCUGAUAGUGAGUUCUGAAUCGGGUACGGGGAGAGAAGGUGGGAUCAUUGCUAAGACAGCAGUGGAGGACUUCAGAGGUCUGUUGUGCUGAGGCAUGUUGCACCCAAGGUAGCAGCGCAGCCUCAGCUGCUGGCAUUUUCAACAGGACACCAACUGUCUGGACUUCCUCCACUGCAUGGACUUUGACCAUAGGAUUUUAAAAGGAAAAAUCCCCCUGAAACUGGCUGGUUUUAGCCUGGCAUGGCUGUGCAGGGGCUUGAAUUAAUGUGUGCUGCUUUAAGAGUGGGUUUUUUUGAGUUCUGAAGGGACAGUAUGGGUUAUUUUCCGUAACUGAUAGGGAAGAAGAAAUCCAUUUUCUUUUACAUACAGCAUUUGCCAGAAGUCUGCUGCAGCAAAUUGUGUUACUUACCUUCUUUGCCCUGUGAUGCAACAACAGAGUUUAUCUAUUUGUAUUUUAAUGUAGCCUGGCUUGUAUUUUGUGUACCAUCUGUAUGUUGCAAAAGAUCCAACUGAGGUCAAGACAUCUUUCUAUAGUGUUUAAAACCCCUUUGUUUUUCUUAUAUUAAAGGCUUUUUAAUUGUAUGCAUGUGUAUUUAAUUAAACUUUACAGAA